UUGUUUUAAAAUAUAGAUUAGUACGCAAAAAAGUAAAGUUUUAAUUUCAGUGUAAGUAAUAUAAGGAGUAUAAAAGGUUGUGUAGAGUCUGUCUUUAAUGCCGCUGUCACGGCGCUUUUCUUCUGUUCUGGGGCUGCUGGCAGGUGUUCUCGUUGGUACCUGAAAUACGAUACGAUCCCUCCGUUACUAGGGUAACUAACACCGGCAUGGAGGGAACAGACGACUUCAACCCGUUUUCUGCCCGGGCGCUGAAUAAUCUCAAUGAGACCACCAUACCAGCUCCCAAUGCCUCUCAACCUGCUGUACUGCAGCCUACAGUGGAGCCCAGCCUUCGGGCCACGGCAGCAGCCGCUCAGGCGGAGCUCCACAAACAGCAGGCGGAGCUGGAGAAGAGGGCGGCGGAGCUACAGCGGAAAGAGGAGGAGCUCCAGAACAGGGACACGGCCAUGGGCAAACAAAACAACUGGCCUCCACUGCCGAGGUUUUGCCCAAUAAAGCCUUGCUUCUACCAGGAUUUCAGUGAGGAAAUCCCUCUAGAAUACCAAAGGGUCUGUAAAAUGAUGUACUACCUCUGGAUGUAUCACUGCGUGACGCUGUUCCUGAACCUGCUGGCCUGCCUGGCCUUCUUCACGGUGGACACACAGAACGGUGUGGACUUUGGCCUAUCCAUCCUCUGGUUUGUCCUCUUCAGCCCUGGUGCUUUUGUCUGCUGGUACAGGCCGGUCUACAAAGCUUUCAGGUCGGACAGCUCCUUCAGCUUCUUCUUUUUCUUCUUCAUCUUCUCCUUCCAAGUGGUGGUGUACAUCAUUCAGAGCGUUGGCAUCCCCAAGUGGGGAAACAGUGGUUGGAUCACCUCAAUCUCUGUGAUCAGAAGUAAUCUUGCAGUUGCGGUCUUCAUGAUGGUCGUUGCUGGGUUCUUCACAGUCAAUGCAGUGCUGGCUACCAUCUUGCUCAAAACUGUCCAUGGGAAGUACAGGCGGACUGGCGCUAGUUUCCAGAAGGCUCAGCAGGAGUUCUCUCAGGGUGUCGUCACCAGCAACACCUUCCAGACUGCAGCCUCCUCCGCAGUGCGAGGAGCGUUUCAGUGACUCCGGAGUCAGGCUGCCUCAGUCUGCACCUUGAACUGUUAGUCCAGUCCUCCGAAGCAACUCUACUCUGCCCUGCACCCUUCACUACCAGUUUAAGAGCGUUGUGCCGUCUUUGGUUACUGAAGGAAUGCGUGGAUAUGGUUACUAAAGGAACAUGUGAUAGGUGCUCUUUUAGAGAGGGGAAAUGGAGAGUUUAAUCUGGUUGUUUAAGCUCUGCGAUGUAAAUGAAUAGUCAUAUAUUAACUAUUAUUUAAAAGGUAUUUACCAAUUGGGAUUUUUUUCUCACCAGUACAGUAGUACUGUAUUUAACUACACACUAUUUAAAAUGUUUGAAUCCUAGUGCUACUUCACUUAAACAGUAGGGGGCACUGCAGGUAUAGUGUUCUCCAUGCAUGAGAAGGCUGUUGCAUCACUACCAGCCAGAUAUAUCCCCACUUGUAUCCUCAGUCAUGAGCAGCACCAGGCAUGACUGGGGCUCAAACCUGAAUCCCACAUAUGCAACACACUGGAAACUGUCUGUAGACAUCAACUCAUGUUGAUUUAUUAAAAAAAAACAUUAAAAUAGCGGAAGGAAGAUUUAUUUCUCCAGGGAAAUUUGAUGUGAUCCUUUUAAGGGCAUUUCUAUAACCAUGGGCACAGUCAAAAAUAUUAGCAGUAAUUCUAACUAACAGCAAUUUUUGUUUGUCUUUUGUAGGAUCUCAAAUUGAUUAACAUGAAGGAGCCACUAAUUAUAAUAAUUGUUCCACAUUUCUCCCAAAUUGCAUUACUGUCACAAAAAUGUCCGUUUGUGCCAACUGGGCUGUUUUAAAAUAAAACUUUGGUAGUCACAUGGCAAUUUUUGAACUUUAACUAUCCAUGUAACUACUUCAAGAUUUAAAAUUCCCUUUUAAAUAUUGCUGUGACAGUAUUCUUAUACAUUAAAGGUAUUUACAAAAAAUAUAUAAAACUUAAUUACUAAAUGAAUUUUAAAAAGUUUGAAAUCUUUUGUGUACACAGCUUGUACCUCAUGCGUCUGUGAUGAUCAUGACUGCUCAUCUUUUGGUCAAUAUCAAAUGCUUUCUUUGAAGCAUAUUGGUUCAUUUAUUUUUAUUUUUUUAAAUUACAUUUAAAACUACAUUAAUCUUAACCUAACACUGCUCAAAGCAUUUUGUUAGUUUGGUUUUAAAGUUUUGGUUCUCAAUUGGCUGAAGAAUUUCACAGUUGGGGAAAUUGGACAACACCAGAGUUCUGCUUGGCUUGUGAACAGAAUAUGCCCAUUGCUAUAGAAUUAUUAUUAUUAUUAUUAUUAUUAUUCUUAUGAAUAUGUGGCUGCUAAAUUGUUCUGUGUAAUAAUGAAGUACAUGCUUGGACCUAUGUUUGGAUAUGCAUUUUGUGUAUGUGUGUUAAAGGUAAAUGGUGAUAAUUUUAUGGCACAUCUUAAGCAAGGAAAAGAAUUUGUUUGUUUGUUUGUUUUUGUUUUUCCAGAAAAGACCGUCAUGGUGUGGGGGAAAUUGUAAUGCUACUUCUAUGCAAUAAACUGUGAGAAUG